CGCGCGGGGGAGGGGUGGAUCAGUUUUCGGGAGACGGAAGUCAGCUGGCGCUCGUGCCGCAGAAUGGAAACCGAGUUCAAAUCAGUGGAAUGCUGCGGUUAACGGUAUAGGCGUCGCGAGCCGUGCCCGCUCAUAGCGCGUGGCAGGAUGCUGGCUGCCGGGACCGCGUGCGUGCAGCUGAGACUCAGCAACAUCAAAGACUGCUUCCUGCAUCUGGCCUCACAGCGAGCGUCGCAGCUCCACCUGGAGGAGUGUCAAGCCAUUGAAUUGUCAUGGGGUCUUCAGCAGACAGCAUUCUUAAGUUGGGUCGGACGAAGAUAUGCUGGUUUUGAAGAAGAAAACAUUGCAGAGAUUAGCAGACAAUUGGGAAUUAAACUUGGGCUCAAAGAUGGAGAACAGGUAUUUCUCAGGCCUUGUGCACAAGUCUCAUCCUGUCAACAAGUUGUCGUGGAACCGCUUUCACCUAGUGACUGGGAAAUACUGGAGCUUCAUAGUACAUCACUUGAAAGAUAUAUUAUGGAUCAGAUCAGAAUAGUUUAUCCAGGAGGAAUAUUUCCAAUAUGGAUCGAGAAACGUACUGUGAUAUAUCUUGAAGUUGGUUCCCUGAUGCCUGCUGGUGCAUAUGGAAGGUUAGAGCCCUUCACUGAACUUGUUGUGUCACCUAAAUUACAGCAAAUUGAAGGAGCUUCUCUAAACACUACUUUCGUUGGAUACAGUUCUUUAAGUAAAGAACCUAACUUGGGCAGCAACAAAAUUAAUGAAGAAAAUUUUGAGAAACCUCGGAUUGUACAUUCUUCCAAGAAGUUGUAUGAUCAACAUGAAAUGAAUGAAAAUCAUACAAGGGAAACUCGAGACUCUUUCAGUGGAAGCAUCAUGUCAAAUAUAUGGCGUUUGAUUAAAAAUAAAUUCUCUGUAAAUUCACAUGUUGCGGAACAACUUCCUUCCAAAGUUGUUUGCAAACAUACUUUUUUAAACACUGUUUCCACAUCCUUUGAAAUAGACUCAAUAUUCAGAGUGUGUAAAAGAUUUCCUAGUAAUUUAGAAAUGCAUGGCUCAACGCUAUGGAACCGAAGGCAGCCUGAUACAGUUCAUAUCUUUUCUUGGCAACACGACGUACUUCCGUUGAACAACAGUGAUACGCAGAUUAUUUAUGGGAAACUGACAAAACUGUUAUCAUAUAGAGAACAAAAGGAAAUAUCCAAGCAAAAUCUACUAUCGGAAAAGAAAAAAAUUGACGAAAAUGACACAAAAGCCAGAGUUAACCGAGCAAAAGCUGAAUCUUGCAUUAUUAAAAUAAUCUGUCAUGGGUGUGAACAUUUAAAGUGUACUAAGUCCAAUGAUUUUCAUAGUGGAAAAGUUUGGAUUCCAGAUAGUUUAAGAAAGAACUUGAAUGUGGAAGCAUCUGCUGUAGUCAGGAUAAAUUCGUUAAAAUUGAAUCCUUCCCUUCCAUCCAGAAUUCAAUUGCAACCCUUGCAAAUGCUGCCACAGGAAAUUAAAAUAGAUGACGUUAAAUCCUCCUUUCUCUCCUGGCUCAAUGUUGUGAGCUCUGAGGAUUUCCCAUUUUUUGCAGCAUUAUCGAAUUUUGUACAAAUACCAAUUGCCGAACGUGAGAUCGAGUUUAUGCUGGUUGUAGAACAACUAGAAGCAAAGUCAAACACCGGAGGAAGUGUAUGUUUCUUCUUGUAUCCUGAUUUGAUUAAAGAUAUUUACAUUGAGGUGGUUAUGCAUCCCACAACUACAGACACCAGUGUGGUACAGACGGUGGAUGAUAUUGACCAGAUUCUGUCAUUUUACAAAAUGAGUUGUUUGGGAGGGGUUCAUGAGCUUGCUGCGUCAACUUUAGAGCGCAUCUCUCUCAGCCUGUUGGGUCACCCACUUUCAUUGCAAGUUGCUUCAGUUGCAAAAGGUCUCCAAAGUGGAGCAGUUCUGCUUACAGGAGUAAAGGGCAGUGGGAAAACUACUUUAGCAAAAGCCAUUUGCAGAGAGGCAUCAGAUAAACUGGAAGCACAUGUGGAAGUUAUUGACUGUAAAGCCUUGCGAGGUAAAAGGGCUGAAAAUAUCCGUAAGAAAUGGGAAGAUGCUUUCGCAGAGGCUGCAUGGAGACAACCUUCUGUUGUUCUAAUGGAUGACUUGGAUCAUAUUAUUGGAGCUGCCUCUACUCCAGAACAUGAACACAGUGCUGAAGCUAUUCUUAGCAAACAGCUUUCUCAAACUUUGAAGUAUUUGUUUGCUCUGGCAGUUUCACAAGGGAGUCUUAUUGCAUUAAUAGCCACCAGCAUUUCUGAAUACACUCUGCAUCCCUCUCUCAUUUGUGCUGAAGGAUCCCGCAUAUUUCAGUGCAUUAAUGGCAUUUCACUUCCAAACCAGGAUCAGCGAGUACAGAUCUUAACCUCUGUAAUUCAAAAUAAAACCAUUAUUCCACUGAAGACAUUAAAAAACAUUGAUCUUCAAAAACUGGCUAAAGCAACUGAAGGCUUUGUAGUACGAGAUUUUGUCAUGCUGAUGGAACGAGCCGUGCACUCUCAUUUAUUGACUAGUAAGAGCAACAAAGAACAAGAACUAUGUUUGACAACGUUGGAUUUCCAUCAGGCACUCAAGGGAUUUACACCUACUUCUCUAAGGAACACUAACCUACACAAACCAAAAGAUUUAGGAUGGGAUAAAGUGGGAGGGCUACAGGAAGUAAAGCAAAUUCUUCUGGACACCAUACAAUUAUCUGUCAAGUAUCCACAGUUGUUUGCUAAACUGCCUAUACGACAACAAUCUGGAAUCCUGUUGUACGGGGCACCAGGAACUGGAAAGACAUUAUUAGCAAGUGUUGUCGCCAGAGAAAGUGGAGUUAACUUUAUCAGUAUUAAGGGUCCUGAACUGCUGAGUAAAUACAUUGGUGCAAGUGAACAGGCAAUUCGUGAUGUUUUCAGCAAGGCACAGGCUGCUAAACCUUGCAUUCUUUUCUUUGACGAGUUUGAUUCCAUUGCACCUCGUCGUGGUCAUGACAACACUGGUGUAACUGACAGAGUUGUCAAUCAACUGCUAACACAACUGGAUGGAGUUGAAGGAUUACAAGGAGUUUAUGUGUUGGCUGCCACAAGUCGUCCAGAUUUGAUUGAUCCUGCUCUGUUACGGCCAGGUCGUUUAGAUAAAUCUGUUUACUGCCCACCUCCAGAUCAGGAAGCACGCUUUGAGAUCUUGAAAGCUUUGAGCCAGUCAUUAUCCUUGGCAGAUGAUGUUGAUUUACAGCAAAUAGCAACUAUGACUGAAUACUUUACUGGAGCUGACUUGAAAGCUUUACUCUGCAAUGCCCAGCUGGAUGCAGUUCAUAGCACCAUAUCAUCAACCGUAUUCCGGGAUGCUGGUUCAGGUUCCGAUAGUGAUAUGAGUCUAUCCUCGAUGAUCUUCUUGAAUCACAGCAAUGGUUCUGAUGAGUCCACAGGGGAUGGAGAAAGAUGGUUGGAACAGUCUCCAGUUUAUCUGGAUACCAGUGAAAUAUUACCUGACGAUCCAUGCCCUAACAUCUGGCGCCUUUACUUUGGUAGUUCUUACGAAUCUGAACUUGGAACUGGAACUUCUUCAGAGCAGAACUCUCAAUGUUUGUCGGGACCAAAUUCGAUGACUCUUGAUCACACUAUCACAUCUGUUCGGGAUACCAUAUCUUCUCAUGCCCCUGCAUUUAUGACAUCAUUGCAAGAAGGUUACCAAGAACUUUCUCAAGAGCAAGUGGAGCUUCUACGGUUUGAGCUAAAUGUAAUUAAAGCAAACACAAGGAUAAAGAAAACGGAGGGUCCUUCCCACAAUCAGUCAGGACCCGUAAGCUCUUCACAAUUUAUUUGUCAGUCCCACCUACUAACAGCAUUGACAAAUACAAGACCUUCUAUCAGUCAGCAAGAAUGGUGCAACUUUGUAGAACUGUAUGAUGGUUUUCAAAAAUCUCGAGGCACUAAGAAGCAGAGUGGAGUCAUUAAGGCUGGACAGAGAGUCACCUUGGCAUAAGUAAUUUCCUUUGAAAAAUGGAAAAGUCAAAUCAAAUCUGUUGCACAAUCCUUUAUUUGAUUCAAAAAUAUAUAGUGGCUUCUGGUCCACUUCACACAAUGUUAAUCUUAAUCUUUUACAUUAUUAUGUUUGCAACUGUGAUUAACUUUAAGUUCACCAUAAUGCUUUAAUGUAAAAAAUAUACUUUAAAGGACUAAUUCAAAUUGAUUGUAUUUUUGUUUAAAAAGUAAUAAAUGCUUUCACUUUACUGUCUCAGCCAUUUAAAUUGAAAUAUUCAGAGUAGAUUCCAAUGACAGUGGUACAGGAAGAGCUUUGCAGCUAAUCACUUACUCGAAAUUUCAUGAGGU